AUGAAGAAAGAUUCCCGCUUUUUUCAAAACAAUCCCUCUGAUACUUUACCAAAGUUCAAGUCAAGUGAAAUCUUUCUGGAAAAGAAUCUUGGGCAAGGGGAAUUUGGAGUGGUGUUUUCAAUCGGCGCCAUCAUUCAUAACAAUAAUAAUAAUAUUGCCAAAGUUGACGAUGACGAAAAACCAAAGAAUGAUCGCCACUCGGUGUCUCCUGAAAAUGAAACUACCGCAACCGACGAUGAAACUGAGAUGGCAGACGAUAGUCUCCGACAUGAUCACGGUCCUCAGGACGCCCCAACAAAAGUAGAGAUUUAUUUGGAUUGUAGACAUGGCCUCAAGGAUACUCCUCCCGGCCUUGAGCAACGAGACUUGGAUCUCUUGCUAGAACCCAAUGUAUCGAAAGGUUACAUGUGCAAACAUGCCAUACGUGACGGUAUGCCUCGAUACGCCAUCAAACGAUUGAAGAAAGAUUUGAAAGGCGAUGGAUUGGUCCAGGCAAUGGCCGAUUUGGCUUCUGAAGCCCAUUUUCUAAUGACUCUUCGGCAUCCCAACAUAUGCAGGAUGCGUGGAACUGUUGGGGAGCCUGGAAAGAGAGGAUUCGCCAUUGUGAUAGACCGCCUGACCCUGACACUUCGGCAGAAGAUGGCGGAAUGGAAAAAACAUGACGACAGAGGAUCUAUCGUUUCCAACCUCAAGAAGGUGCUUGGGACCGAAUCCCAAAGCAAAGUAGAAGCAAAGCUGGUGGUCCAAAAAGAAAUCUAUGGAGAAAAGCUAUUGGCAGCAUAUGAUGUCGCCAGGGCUCUUCGAUACUUGGCCGAUCAUUCUAUUGUCUUUCGCGACCUAAAGCCUGAGAAUCUUGCUUUUGAUCUGCGUGGAGACUUGCGUCUGUUUGACUUUGGAUUGGCAAAGGAACUGAAGGAGAAAGACAUGAGAGCUCCUGGCAUGUACAAAAUGACUGGUGUGACCGGAAGCCGUCGAUAUAUGGCACCUGAAGUUCUUAUGAGCAAGGAUUACGGUUUGGCUGUUGAUAUUUACUCCUUUGCGAUCAUGUUUUGGGAGAUGAUGGCAAACCGUAAUGCUUAUUUUUACUUGGGCCCUGAAAAACAUUUUGAAACGGUUGUUACCCGAAGGAAACGACCAAAUAUCAAGAAGAUGAUUUCGAAGAAAGUUGCUCCACAAGAUUCGACUAUUUGUGACUUGAUUGAAAAAGCUUGGUCACAUGACCCACGGAAACGACCAGGCAUGGAAAAGGUAUGCGAUGAACUAUUUUCUGAGAUUAUGAGUGCAUCUAGCGAAGAAAGCUCAAGGGUAGCAGUCGAUCGAUCUACGCAUCUCGCUGCUGGAAGUCUGAAAAGUCGGCUUGAUGACCCUUUGUGGUGUUAA